AUGCCUUCAAAGCGCAAUAGAGUGCAAGGUGGCAAUGCCAAGGGCCGAGCGCCUGUUGUGCCACAGGGAGAUUCUCGGAGGAGAGCGAGGUCGGACCUUGAGGGUGACACAGAUCAGCCCGCUGCGACUCCCAUAAGAGUGGAGGAAGCGCAACUACGGUGGACCAUGUGCAGCUACGUGAGCGACAUCCUGCUGGACGGAGAGACCGACAUUUCCGAUAUGAAGCUGAAUGAUUUUCUUCGGGAGUAUUUUGGCUCCAGGGCGGCCGUUGAAGAAGAACAGAAUGUGGGAAUGUGGGAUUUUUUGAGGAGUCCCGAUGCCUACAUAAAAGACCAGCAGCUGCUUGAAGAAAUUUCUAAUUUAAAGGAUUAUCAGCUUUUAACAGAUAGGGGCAAGCUUGAGGAAGGGGGUGUGCACUAUCUUGAAGACUGGAUUGAAUUUAAAAAGAAGGAUACUGUCACUCCUCCUACAAGGAAAAAAAUUACCGAUGCCCUCACUCAGAUACGGAAAGAAGUAGCAAGGUGGAAGGCAGAAGAAAGGACGAAGCAGAGGGAAGAAGAUGUGAGGCAGGAUACUGAAGAAAAGACAACCAAGCUGGAGGGAUUCUACGAGUCUGUGUACGGUGCGAGGUGGGGCCAUGUCUUGGGGUUUUAUGACAAUAAGGUUUGUGAGAACCGAAUGGAGAUACAUGAGGGAAAACCACCGCAGUCAUGGACGUACGAGAAGGAAGGUCUAACUUUCGAAAAGGAUGA